ACGCCGAGUCUGCGGAUAAUCGUCAUCAGUGCACCGAGAAGAACACCGAGUGAAACACGUGCAGUCUUUUGAAGUUUUGCGUAUAUUAUAUCUGCUGUGUACAAUAUAGCUGUUUGCUCACUCAAAAAAGACGUGUGUAGUUUAUAUAAAUAAUAUACAUUUCACGGCGAGAAAAAUAUUCCUGUACGUCGACGAAAACCACCGCAGACAAUAUAAACAUGGCCGCUAAGUCGUCGUAUUGCCGUUCGGUCGCAGUGUUCGUCGUGGCCGCGUGCGCCGCGGCCUCGGCGUUUCCGUUCCAGCCGACGACGUCACUGCACGACGCGCCGAUCGUUGCCGAGCACGUCGAUGACGCCGGCGCCGUCGCGCACAAGCCCGGCUCGACUUAUCACUUCCAGUACGCGGUCCACGACCCUGUGACCGGCGACGAGAAGAGCCAGAACGAGGUGGGCGACGGUCACGGGUCGGUCAAAGGCUCGUACAGCCUGGUCGAGGCGGACGGCUCCACCCGCGUAGUGGAGUACACGGCCGACGACGUUCACGGAUUUAGGGCCGAGGUGAAGAGGAUCGAACCGUCGGCGAAGCACCGUCAACAACACUCCGGCGAGCCGUCCGCGGCCAUCGCCGACGCCGAAAUCCCUUCGUACAAGUUUGGCGACUUUUCCGCCGAAAACGCCGCCGCAGCCGCCGCCGCCGCCCAACCGGCAGCCGACUUCGAGCUGCAACAGUCGCUACACUACAACUAUCCGAUGCAGCAACACCAACCCGAAUUGCACUUUACCUCGUCGCACCGUCGCCGUUGAUGCCUCUCACAUAAGUCGUUAUUAUUAUUAUUAUUAUUAUUACUUCAGAUUCUCGACUGCGAAGUAAUAAAAUAAGUUUGGACUAUCGUCCGGAUAUGAAAAUACAUAUUUCAUACACAACGUGUGUGCUCCCUCUUAUUUCACACAAUAACACACGUUUAAAAAUUUUUAUUUUUUAGUAUUAAUGUGCUGCCGACGUGAAAAAUCGAUUUAUUCAACGAUCCGAUAACAUUUUUUAUAGAUCAAUCCUGGUCCACUAAAUCACGUUUUAAGGACUAUUGAUCCGUUUAACGUUCGGUGGCGAUUCAUGAAACCCGAAAUUCAAUAUAAUAUACCACCCAAUAGAUUUUUAAUGUUUUGUUCAAAUAUUUAUGUUGGGAAUUUUUUCCAUUUCACUCUCAGUGCCAAAUGCAUAUUCGAAAUAACUUAUAUACAACAACCUUAUAAUUAUCCCCCCUCGUAAAUACUAAUCGCAAGUUAUGAGUACCACGGCUAAUUGGGCCAUAUUUUGUAAACUAUUUUUAUUAUUAUUUUUAUACUCGCACAGUAUAAUGUGUAACAUUUAUUUUUAUUAAUAUUUUGUAAUAUACUUAUACCUAUAAUAUAUUGUCAUUUUAAUAAGAA